AUGAACACCCAGAAGGACGUCCAACCCCCAAAGCAGCAGGCAAUGAUAUAUAUCUGUGGAGACUGUCACGCAGAAAAUGAAAUAAAAUCCAGGGAUCCAAUCAGAUGCAGAGAAUGUGGAUACAGAAUAAUGUACAAGAAAAGGACUAAAAUAUUGGUGGGUUUUGAUGCUUGAUGAAACAGAACUCAGAAGAAUAUCUUUAUUUGCAUUUGGAUUUGCUGUUAAUGUUGUAUAGUUUUUGAUGAGUAUACUUAUCUUUAUAGAUACAACUAUAUACACUUGAUUUCAUUUUUAAAACCAUAUUGU